CUAGGUGAUGACUUUUUUUCCCUAGCUCACCUCUUGUUCAGCCUUUUUCAGCUGACAGAAUAAGGAAAUAGCACCUGAAUGGGCAAUGUCUCCUGGCAGGGAUGUGUGGAACUAAUGAUUUUAAGAUCACUUCCAACCCAGACCAUUGCAUGCAUCGUGAAAGCAAUUCUAGUAAAACAAUACCUACUUGAGUUUGUUCUUCCACAUUUGCCUGAACACUGCACCUUGUUAGACCUGUGUAACCCCAGGACAGAUAGAGAAGCUGGUGACAGUGAGCUAGAACGUGCUGGUCAUUCAGAUGGGAGACAGUUCAACUGUCCCAACUUUCUGUAGCCAAAACCAGGUACCCUUGUUCAUACCCCUUGUUCACUACUACAGUCCCCUACCACCACUGGAACAAAAGCCAGCAUUGGGGUGUUGUAAGGCUGUAGAUAAUGUUUCCACUGUGUUUAACAGGAGCAAGGAUUAUAAGCAAAGUAUGUUUCCUUAAAGCCCCUGCAUUUUUUUUCCUGAAGAAAGGCAUGAUUCUGAUGCCUUAGAUACAUUAAAAUGUUUUAUACCUACAGAUGGAACAGUUAUAGCUUAGAUUAAAUAUAGGAAUAAAACCUCAAAAGGAUCUCCUGGUCUGCUAAGCAUAGUCUGACUGAGCAGCUUUGUGGUUUGACCUGAUGAAAGAUGGGGCCUUUUAGCUGAUGAUUCCUGUCUCAGACAUUUCAACAUUUUGUUUCUUGUCCAAUGGACCUGUCCUGCCUUGAUUUUUGAUGUAUCUUCAAUAAAGGCUGAGAAGGAAGGUCAGCCAACAAAGCUGUGCUCUGUCAUCCUCGGAUGCUCGUGCAAGUUCAGCAGCACUACUGAGGCUGGGACAGGUCUGGUUAUGUGCCAGGAGAAAGGCAGCAUCAGGGCUGUAGGGAGGAGUGGAUACAAGUUACUGCAUGGAGCUCUAACGGGUGCCCUCCUGAUCCUCUCAGUUCCCUUUCCAGACAGGUGUGAGGAUCUGGGAAUGGCAGACAAAGCUCACGAUGAGGUGCAAGGAGCCUGCGCAGGGGCCCUCACCGAGGGCAGAUCAACCCACCCCUGAUAAUGAGAGCUGCAUUAAGGCCAGUGCUGAGGAGAAACAACAGAGGGUGCAAUCACAGAUGUGGAAAGCAGUUGUGGGACACAACGUGUCAGUGAAAGUGGAGGCUGAGGGAGACGACUGGGACACAGACCCUGAUUUCGUGAACGACAUCUCCGAGCGAGAGCAACGCUGGGGAGCCAAAACCAUCGAAGGCUCUGGCCGCGCCGGGCACAUCGACAUCCAUCAGCUGAGGAACAAGGUAUCAGAGGAACACGAGGUCAUCAAGAAGAAGGAGCUGGAGACAGGCCCCAAGGCAUCCUAUGGCUAUGGAGGCAAAUUUGGAACAGAGCGAGACCGAAUGGAUAAGUGCGCAGUAGGACACGAGUACAUUGCUGAUGUUGGGAAGCACUCCUCGCAGACAGAUGCAGCCCAGGGCUUUGGUGGCAAGUUCGGAGUCCAGCGGGACCGAGCCGAUAAGUCAGCACUGGGCUUUGAAUACAAGAGUGAGGUGGAGAAACACUCGUCCCAAAAAGAUUACUCCAAGGGCUUUGGUGGCCGUUACGGAGUGGAAAGGGAUAAGGUGGACAAAGCAGCAGUGGGAUUUGACUACAAGAGCCAGGCAGAGAAGCAUGACUCUCAGAAAGACUAUUCUGUGGGCUUUGGUGGGAAGUUUGGGGUCCAGAGGGAUCGUCAGGACAAGAAUGCCCUUGGCUGGGACCAUCAGGAAGAAGUGCAGCCCCAUGCAUCCCAAAGAGACUAUGCCAAGGGGUUUGGAGGCCGUUAUGGGGUCCAGAAAGAUAGAGUGGAUAAGAGUGCUGGCUUUGAUGAGAUGGCAGCUCCCACCUCCUCCUAUGAGAAAACAAGACCCCUGGAGGCAGGAGCCUCCAGUGGCACCAGCAGCCUGCGGCAGCGCUUUGAGCACAUGGCCCAGUCGGCAGAGGAGGAGAGCAGGAGGCGGGCAGAGGAGGAGCGGCUGAGGCGGCAGGCCCGGGAGCACCGGCUGGCUCAGCAGCAGCAGGAAAUCGCUCUGAGAGAGAAGGAGCCCACUGAGACUGGUGCAGCCCCUCCAGCUGUGCCAGCAGCGGUACCCAGGGGCACUGCUGGGGACCAGCCCAUGUCACCAGGAGAACAGGAGGCCAAAAGGGAGGAUGAAGAAGUACCACCCACUUUGCCGCCAAGGCCAGCAGAUCUGGAUGCAGAGCUGUGCAAGGUCCCCAGCCAGGGUCAGCCCACCUACAAUGUAAGUUUGGAUGUUGAUGGAGACUACGAGGAGCUGCCAGAGCCCUCUGACUACUGUGACAGCACCAGUGGAGGUGCUGACUAUGAGGAGCUGCCAGCCCCGCUGGGAAAGCUGGAUGCCACCUACGACUUUGGAGGAGAUGGAGGUGAAGACUAUGAGGUGAUCCUUCCUCAGGAGCCCAGACAGAGCCAUCCCCACCUGGGGAACACGGACCAUGCUUCUGAGGGGCAGAGCCCCGGGAUCUGCGCAGUGGCUCUCUAUGAUUACCAAGGAGAUGGAGAUGAUGAGAUUUCUUUUGAUCCUGAUGACACAAUCACGCACAUUGAGAUGGUGGAUGAAGGCUGGUGGCGGGGACAGUGCCAUGGCAGAGUCGGCCUCUUCCCAGCAAAUUAUGUGAAGCUUCUGCAAUGAAAUUAGCCCAGAACAAGCCGCUUCCUUCCCAACUUAGCCUCUGUCAUGGUUUGACACUGGCCAAAUGCCAGACACCCACAAAAGUCACUCAUUCACCCACCUCUCCCACAGCUUUGCAGAGGAGAGAAAAAUUUAAUGAAGGCUUUGUGAGCUGAGAUAAGGACUGGGGGAAAACACUCCAAGGGCAAAAUAGGCUUGACUUAGAGGUAUAAAAAGUGAAUUUAUUACUAACAGAGUCAGAGGAGGAUAAUGAGAAAUAAAAUAAGUCCUUAAAACACCUUUUUUCCCCCAACUCCUCCUUCCUUCCCAUCAGCAGUGCAGGGAGACAGGGCAUGGGAGUUUUGGUCAUUUCAUCACUGAGAUUUUCUUCCACUGCUCUGGGAGAGGAGCCCUUCCCCUGUGAGACCAUGAGGUCCCUCCCAUGGGAGACAGCUCUCUGUGAAUUUCUCUGGCACAGGUCCACUCUCAUGAGCAGCAGUCUUCCAAAAACUGCUGCAGCAUGGGUCACUGUUCCACGGGGUGCAGUCCUCCAAGGACAGGCUGCUCCAGCCUGGGAGCAGGGCCCCCUCUCUCCACUGGCUCUACCACUGGAUCACAGCCUCCUCCAGGCAUCCACUGCUCUGGCAUGGGCACCUCCCUCCGGGCUCCAGGUGGAUCUCUGCAUCCCCAGUGGAUCUCUGCAUCCCCUGUGGAUCCCCACGGGCUGGGGGUGGGUCUCUGCAUCCCCUGUGGAUCCCCUCGGGCUGCAGGGGCACAGCUGUCUCACCAUGCUGUCACCAUGGCUGCAGAGGAGUCUCAGCUCUGGCCCCUGGAGCACCUCCUGCCCCUCCUUCUGCACUGACCUUGGUGUCUCCAGGUUGUCUCCCUCACAUGUUCUCACCUUCUCCUCUCCUCUGUCUGGAAUUGAAAUUGCUCCUCACUUAAAUCACGGAGGUGUUACCAUCAUCUCUCCUUAGCUCAGCUGUGGCCAGCAGCACAUCCAUUUUCAGAGCCACCAGUGGUUGGCUCUGCUGGAUAUGGUGGAAGCUUCCAGAAGCUUCUCACAGAAGCCACCUCUGUGCCCCCCACUACCAAAAACCAGGCCAUGCAAAACCAACACAUUCCACCUCUUGCCUCUGUGUAUCAUAUAUUGAAGAAGCUCAAAACAAAGUGGGCACAGUUUGUUUGGUUUUUUUCUAGCCAUAGAAGAGGGGGAGGUGAGAACAUGUGAGGGAAACAACCUGGAGACAGCAAGGUCAGUGGGAAAGGAGGGGCAGGAUGUGCACCAGGUGCCAGAGCUGAGAUUCCUCUGCAGGCCAUAGUGAGACCAUGGUGUGAAGUGCUUUCUCACAGUCCUUUCUCAACUCAUGAACUCUUUAUUUUUUUUCCCUCCUCUGUGGCAGGGGAGGGUGAGUGACUUGUGGGUGCCUGGCAUUUGGCCAGUGUCAAAUCAUGGCAGCCUCUCUGUGCUUUAGCCUUUCCGCUGUUAUCAGCUUCAUUUGGCUCAGCUCGGUAUAUCCACAUUCAGAGAAAUAUCAAGGAGCAAAUUGGCAGUGCCAGAGGCAAUGUUUUGUCUUAUGCCCAAGAGGAUUUUGAUUCCCACCCACUUCCAGAUGGGAAAGGUGGGAUGGUUUAAGAGCAUAUGAGUGCAAUGCAAGGUCUCUUCUAUCUAGGCUGCCCCACCUGUCAGCCAGCAAGCCUGCAGGAAUGUGUCCUGUUCCCAGUGGGGCAAUUCCCAAAAGCAGAAGUACCAAACCUAGUCUAGGCAAGGCAGAAGGAUGUGAGCUGUGGGACCUUUGUCAGUUGCUGUGGCCCUGGAUCUCAUCCUAAUCAGGGGUCAGGGAAAAGAGCCCUGGGAAAACCAAAUUUGUGUUUAUUCCAAGGAAGAGUUUCCAUUUUUAGGACGAGCCAUGCUUGCAGCAUGGGCCAGAGAAACAUGAACGUGGUCUGUGUGACCCUUUUGGGCACAGGUGUCAAUCCCUGGGGCUGUGCCCUCCCUACCAGCUUCUGCUCUGGCCUGGCUCAGACCGUGUCCCAGUGAUUCUGUGACAGUUCAUGUCCUCUGUGCCUACUGGAGGCUCCUGAAAAGCCUGGCUCUUCAUCACAGAUGUAAGGAAAAGGCUGGGCAGGUGGGAAGCAGGACAGCAGGAAACAUUUUGUUGCUAAUGUUUAAAAAACAGUUUUCAGAAAUGCAAAAGUAAAGCCCUCCCUCAAGCCAGUACCACUUAGGUGGAUGUUCAGCUGUGGGAAUUGUUCCUCUGUGGGAUGCAGGUACCAUCACAGCAGGAAUAAACCAGGGACAGCUGAGUAGAACAGCACCUGAGGGGCUGUGGGACUGAGGGGCUGUGGGAGCACGGCUGUGGGACUGAGGGGCUGUGGGAGCACACCUGAGGGGCUGAGGGGCUGUGGGAGCACACCUGAGAGGCUGCAGGAACACCUGAAGUGCUGUGGGAGCACACCCCAUCACUGCCACUGCCAGCAGUGUGUGCAGAGGGUGCUCUGUGACACUAAAGCUUUAGAGUUCAGUGUGGUUCGCAGGUGAGUCCUGGACCAACCUGCAGUUGACCCUGCCUGUACUACCUGUGCAGGAGUGUGGCAUUCCUGCUCAGUGUUUGAUCCUGGGAAUACCCAACGCUGUCUGUCUGCCACAGGAAAGGUGAAUUGGGAUUCGGGUUAAAAAUUAUCAAUUUUAGUGUAACUUUUCCAGAGGUUUCUUGUUUGGGUUUCUGGUUGGUUGGCUUUGGGUUUUUGUUUGGAGUGCUUUGGGUUUUUUGUUUCUCUGAGGCAACUUCCCCAGUCUUUUUCCUUGUGUGGUUUCUGCUGUUUCCUGCUGUCCCCUUCCAGGGGCUCCUUAGAAAGGUGUCCACUGGUCAGACUGAUGUGUCCAGUGACACUGGACUGAGAGUGCUUCAAGGACUUUUUAGAAUCUAGAAGGGUGUAUAGCAAGGGGGGCUGAGGGGCUCACAGCCUGUCUGGAUAGGAGCAACAGCCCAACCCAACUAGGUGGGUUACAGAAACAUUUCUUUCCUUGAAGCAUAAAAUCAGCAUGUGUUGUGCACUAAGAAAUGGCAAACUGCUCCCAACGAGGCUGUGUGCCCCCUAGUCCCAGUUCUGACUCUCCAGUGGGUUACUUUGGGAACAGAUUAGAUACUGUUGGGUAUCUCUUGGUAACUGAGCUACAGAUGAGUGCGUUUGGGCCCAGCCAAUGUAGGUUGUGUGACUGCAGGUGUCACCUGCCUGUGUCUUCUCCCUUGCCCCAGUGAGCCCGUGCUCCUGGCUCUGCUGCAGUGCUCAUGUGCCUCGUGUGCACACCUGCAGAUCUGGCCACUGCCCCCACAACCACAGAAUGAUUUGAGCUUGGGCCCAGCUGCAGACCCACAGCCAGUCCUCAGCCACCGUCACCCACAGCCACAGCACACACAAAAGCUGCACAGGGAAUUUUUUCUGGCCAUAAAGCAAAGCAUUUCUGGUGAGGAGUUCAAUGCCACCAGCUCUCAGCUCAGUGCUAAGACCUCUGUGUCUGAGUGCAGCACUGAGUCCGUGGGUGGCCUGUGCAAGGCGCUGUGCUUAUGUACAGAGUGCUGCAGAGCCUCCCUGGCAGCCUGGGGAAACCCAGCAGUCAUCAGAUUUGAAGCCAAGGCAUGUGGGGACAGUGGAUGGUGGGACAGCCCCUCUUGCCCAGGCCAGGUUUUGCAAUCCCUGGCACUGCCCUUGUUCUGCACAGAGCCUGACUCAAGACCUGGGGCGGCCCUGAGGCAGAGCUCGUGGCUAUGCUCAGAGCCAGCACAUGUCUGGCUCCACAUGAAUUUGCCUUUUGCAGAGCUGCCUGGCAGUAGCACGGCUGCAGCACCUCCUAUGCCGAGCUCAGCACACGGCAUCUGGAAAAUAAAGACAGAAUCCUGGACCUGUA